GCAAAACCAAAGACCAAGCUCAUCUUCUCCAAGUCAUCAUGUUGUCUCUUCAAGCUUCUGUCUCUAUUCCUCUAAUCACCUUUUACUUCUCACUUCUCAACUUUGCCAAUCUAAACGCAGCUUCGGAUUCAAACGCUGGUCUUUGCACUCCUUACCCAUGUAACCAACCGCCUCAACCGCCUUCCUCAUCUUCAGGCUACUCUCCAUACGGUAAUCCUCCUCCACCGCCUUCGCAGUCUUCAUCACCACCCUCACCGCCGCGUUCGCAGUCUCACUGCCCUCCAGUUCCGACGACAGGGUGUUGCAACCAACCACCACCUUCAACGUCUUAUCCUCCUCCGUAUCCUUACUAUUAUACUCCUCCUUAUCCUUACGGUACUCUCGGCGGAGGAGAAACUGGUGGCGGCCAAGGAGGAGGAGGAGCUAGAGGCGGCCAAACCGGAGCAGCUGUGGCUUACUAUUAUUCUUCUUCCGUGCUGGUUUAUGUUUUGAUGCUUGUGCUAUCUUGUGCUUUUGUUGUCUUCUUCUAGGGCAUGCAAUAUAGGGUUAGAUAAAUAUUAGCUCCAUCAAAACUCAAAAGCCACCUUCUGUUAUUAUCUCAAAUUUUUUGUUUUGUACAUUUUCGAAGUAAAUUCGAAUAAAAAACUAAUAUAGUGCAUACUCUCAUCUUUGCCAUACUCAA